AUUUAUUUUUUUAUCAUUUUUUUGUUUUAUUUUUUUUUUACCUUUUAAUUUUUAAAAAGAUAAUAUAAUUUGAUAAUAUUUUGUUUCUUUUUUUUAAAAGAUAUCGAAUAUGAAAUAACACAAUCCUAUUGGUUGGCAUAUGUGCAAUAUCUAAUUAAACUCGAAUAUGCAUAUGUUGUACAAAAUAUUUUCGAUAGAAGAGAAAAAUAAAAAAAAACCGUGAUAGUGAUAUAAAUCUUUUAUUUUUUUUCCUUAUUAAAUAUUUCGUUUGCGUAACACUGAUUGGAUGUUCAGUCCAUAUAUCCCAUUUUAUUUGUGUUGUCUCUAGUUGAUAAGAUCAGCGGAAAGAAAGGGUAAACUUUGAUCAGUAAACGAUAACCAUCACACAUAAAUAAGAUUAUCUACAUGAUUAGAAAUCAGAAUUUAAAUUAUUACAUAUGAGUUAUUAAUUUUAAUAUUGCACAUAGUUCCGGCUCGUACUUUGGUGUACUUAACUAUUGAGAGUCGUUGGAAUUGCAUCGAAAACAAUGCACUAUAUGCAUGUACAUACAACAUAUGCAUAUGCACACCAAGAUGCCUAAACAUCCAUAAAGUUAUGAACAUAAAUAAAGAGAGAAAAGAAGAAGUGGAUAUGUAUCUUAUGAAUCUAGAUAAGUGGCAGCUCUUCUAACAGUGGUAUAAUAUCCCUUUUCAAUACUCAUAUAUACAUGAUAUAUACAGCGAUUAAAUGUUAUAGCUAAUAAUCUAAACAAGCAAUAUACAUAGCAAACAUAUAUAUAGUACCAUGUUAAGAUGAUCAUAAAAGUUGUAUCUAGAUUCAAUAGCUGAGAAAUCAAGAUCUAUAACCUAUUCAAAUUGACAAAUACGAUGAAUAAGAUGUACAUUAGUAUUACAUAUUUGACAAAUAUAUUAAAAACUGAAUUAAAUUUGGCAUAAAACUUGAACUGGAGUUCAAUUUGCAUAUAUAAGACCUAAUCUGAUUUUCAUGCAUGCGACACUAAUACACUUUUUAUGAAUAGAAAAGUUCUUGAAAAAGAUAGAGAUAAACUUUAGAACCAAAACAAAUCUUGAAACGAAGGGUUUGAUCAUAUACGUUCCCAUUUGCUUGUUCACACACUACACCACCCAAUGAACCUAAUCAUCUUCCAAUCAUUUGAAUACAUUGUAGAGAAGGUUUUGAACAUUGGUGAAUAAAGACAAAAAAUAAACAAAACAAGUGUAUACUAAUAAUAUACCUAACCCCAUCUUCAAAGUUGAAAACACUUGAUAAAACUAUUAUAUAUCAUAAACAAAGGGUGUGAUCAUAUGUAACCAUCGCCUUAUAGUCAAAUUAUUAGCUAUUAAAAUAACAAUCGAUCGGGGUCCAUCUCUCAAUGUUAGGGAUAUAAAGUAUUAUUACUGUUAAAAUAACAAGUACUAUUAACUUGACAUAUGCUCGCACGUCCUCUUUCAUACACAACCCCUCUUCGUCUCCACCUUCUCUUAUCUCUCUCUACUUCUACUCCUCUUCUUCCUUCUGCAACUCAGAUCUUUUCAAAAGCGACCAAGAACAACGAAAUAUCUGAUUCUUGGUCGAUAUCAUUGACCGCCACUUCUUUCCUCUUUUAACUACUUGUAAAUAUAGAACUAUAUAGUAUAUAGAAAAUAUAAACAUGAAGCGAGGUCUAGAUAUGGCGAGAAGCUACAAUGAUCACGAAAGCAGUCAAGAAACAGGACCCGAAUCACCAAAUUCUCUAACCUUCAACGCUACCAUCUCUUCUCAGUCGCAUAAACGAAGUAGGAGAUCCAUAGAGAAGAGAGUAGUGAACAUACCGAUGAAAGAAAUAGAGGGUUCUCGGCACAAAGGCGACACAACUCCACCGUCAGAUUCGUGGUCUUGGCGUAAGUACGGCCAAAAGCCCAUUAAGGGAUCUCCUUACCCUAGAGGUUAUUACCGUUGUAGUAGCACAAAAGGUUGUCCAGCAAGGAAGCAAGUCGAGAGAAGCAGAGACGAUCCAACGAUGAUUCUCAUCACUUACACCUCUGAGCAUAACCAUCCUUGGCCUCUCGCUUCCUCUUCUAGAAAUGGAUCCAAACCUAAACCCGAGCCCAAACCCGAACCAGAAGUACUACCCGAGGUGGAGCAGGAGGAGGAGGAGGAGGAUAAUAAUAAUAAGUUUAUGGUUCUUGGGAGAGAGGUUCAAACGGUACCAUCUUGCGUCGUUGAUGAGUUUGCUUGGUUUAGUGAGAUGGAGACCACAUCUUCGACCAUUCUUGAGAGUCCGAUGUUUUCAGCAGAGAAAAAGACAGCUGUCUCGGCGACGCCAGAUGACGUGGCCGUGUUUUUCCCAAUGGGAGAGGAGGAUGAGUCUUUGUUUGCCGAUCUCGGCGAGUUACCGGAGUGUUCUGCGGUGUUUAGUCACCGGAGUAGGUUAGUAGGGUCACAAGUGGAGAUCUUUUGACACGUGUUGGUAUUUUAUUGCAUAUUAUCGUUGCUCACAUGGGAAGCGUUGUACGCACGGCGGUUUUUGUUGUUUAUUUAAGUUUCUCAACGGUAAACAAUAACUCAUCAUAAGACUGUCUCUAGUCUCUAUACACUUUGCAUCAAAAAAAAAAGUAUGAUUCGAUUUUGUAAUUUCCACUCUACUCUUUGAAUAUUGUAUUUUUCUCUAUUUAUAUGUUUUUACGUAAUUAGAUCAUGAGAUACCAUUUAACGAGAUCGAAAAUGCUAAUAAAUUUGAUAUCAUAGUAGAGAGAUUAAAACAAACAUAUUUUUCGGAACUUCAUCUUGAAAAUUAAGAAUUGUUGGUACAUGAUUACGUACGUGAUUUUAAUAAACUUUACGCGAAGAAUAAUAGCACAGCUGAACAAAAGAAUUGAUUAGUUGUGAUAUGAUUCACGUUACUUUGCCUGCCAAACUCUCUGUAAUUACUAGUAUUAAAUUAAAGUCUGUAUAAUAGAGCUUUUAUAUGUUCACAUUAACUGUAGUUCUGACUUUAGAUGUUUUUUUUUUUUUUUUUAGAAAAUUGCGGCAGUCCAACCUCCUCUACAUAAUUUUGUAGUAUGUGUAUUUAAGGGUAGUAGUCUACGUAGAGGAAGAUAAUGGUGUGCAUUUUAAAAUGCAGGAUUACGAAACUAUAAUAGAAUAUGUAUUGUUAUUUAUGUUUUCUUUAACAAAAAAAUAAUAGAAUAUAUUGUGAUGACUAUCUAUACACACACACAUAUAUACCGUGAAAUAAUAUGGGUUUUAGAUCAGAUUAAGGUGUUAAUACAUUCUAAUAUCCUUUCCAACGUCCUUGGCAAGUAACACAGAUAAACUUGUAUCAAAAGAACACAAACUUCCAUUCGAAGAAAAAUCAAUUAAAUGGAAAGAAAAUCGAAAACUCUUAGCCAAACCCCAGGAAAGCAAAAUGUAAGACCACCGAUGACUUUUAGAACAACGUUUUCUUGCUUUAGUCAUCAUCUUUUACACCGCUUUCUUUGUCGUCUUUUCCACCACCCCUGCCCGACCCCCACGAACCUUUAUUUUCAUCAAUGUUUCCCAUGAUCUUAUUUGUAGACUAUAUCACAAGAAAGUAUGAAUUUUGUAAAUAUUCUAUUAUUAUUUUAUAUAUAGGAUUGUUGGCGCUUAUAUCAUAUACUAAGAAAACAACAAUAUUGGAGAAGUUUCUCUUCUUGAUAUUAAAGUUCAAUGAUAUUAAAUGUAUACUAGAUCAGCGAUCUUAAUUUACAUAAGGUUAGAUUUAUUAUGAUCGUAAGCCAAGCCAUAAAGUUCAAACCGCAUGCAACAUUUUCACCUUUUCAACCGAUUGAUUUUGAGCUGGAAUUUUGCAUAAUAUAUACAUGCCAUCUAACCAGGCCAGUUCAAGAAAAAUGGCAUUUAUUUGGUCUGAAAUAAACAAGCAAAAAAAAAACACUAAAUAUUAUGUAUCUAUACUUUUAAAAGAGAAACAUUCAGAAAAAAUCUACUUAUAAAAAGUUUUUGGACCUUUUUUUUUUUUUUUUUUGAAACAUGGACCCUUUCAUUAGAUUAACAUUUUUUUGAUAUUCCCUUAUUUAUCUCUAACAAUAAGUAACUCAAUAUUCAAUAACAUUAUAUACCAUAUCAUUCACCUAUUUUUACUCCUUCUAUGAGUUAAUUAUAUAAUUUACAAUAUUUUUAAACUAGAAUAUGCUUGCGAAUUCACAUUAUCAUUAAAAUUAUUUAAGAUUUUGUCAUUCAUAAUUGGUAAGCCCCAUUCUCAUCUAUACAAAUCUUACGUGUAGAUGACAAAUCAAAUAGUUUUUUAAGUUUUGCGUAUAAUUAUAAAAUAUAUGAGAAUUAUAAUCAGUUUUUUUUAAAAAAUAUUAUCAAAAUUUUCUAAGUUUUUAUCGGGUCAACCUGUGUCGGUUUACGGGUUAAUGGCAUGAUUUCGGUUUUAUCAGAUUUUUAAUUAAUAGGUUUUCCUUAAAUAUGAAUUUUGUGGAAACAUAUCAGUUGGUAUAAUCAUGAUAGAAUAUUACAUGAAGAAUAUAAGUCAGUCCAUAUUAUAUGCGGCCACCAGUUUACUGGUCCAAUUGCAGGUCCGAAUCAAAUAUGAAAACAAUGCUUAUAUCUUAACUCAUCAAAGGAGUUAAAUCAUUUUCAAAAAUAAAAUGUUUUUUCGUACCAUUUCAAUGUUUCACGAUUGGUUUCACUUUUCUGGUUCUAGAAAUAUAAGAUUUGCUCGAUUAUUAAUGAAAAUCAGUUUAAUGUAGGUUUCGUUUUUCUUCUUCAUUUUGCUACAGCUUAGUUCGCGGUUUGGGAUAAAUGUAAACAAACCUAUACACUAUAUAUAUUAUGUAGAAAUUCAUUUAAAUAUUAUUUAAUUCUGAAAACAAACCCGCGCUUUUAAGCGCGGGUCAAAAUCUAGUACAUGUUUAAAAUCUGCCAUUAUAAAUUAAUAUAUAUAUAUACACGUAACUUUUUAAUACUAGUCCAUUGGUUUUGGAUCAAAACUCUACUAGUUAUUACGAUUAUUUUCUUCUCGAGAUAAUGGCUUUUAUCGGCCAGAAAUUUCAAAACUUUAGGACAUCUAUAUUUAGUCGAGCGAGUUUAAUAUAACUUUUAUAUCCGGUUGAAAGGGUUAAAUAGAGAAGUUAUUUCGGUUAGAGGUUUAGGGUUUUAGGAUAUGGGCUCUGCUACCAUGUUAAAUUUAGGUUUGUUAUAGACUUUUAACUUAAAACUAACUAGAGCUUGAUCCGCACGUCCGUUCGGGUUUGGUUUUAUCUUUUUAUAAAUUGUUUAGUGACAUUUUCAUACAUAGAGGUUAUUUAGAUAUUUUUAGGUUCAUACAAACUUAUCCCGACCCAAAUGAAUCCAAAUCGAAUCAUGUCCAAAAAUUUAUAAUACUUAAACAUAGUUUAAUUUUAAAAUCCAAAACCCGAUACCCGUAAAAAAUGAUCUGUAUCCGAACGUAUACUUAAAUGUCAAUGUCUAACUGAUUAUGUAAACAAAUAAAAACAAUUUUGUUAACCGGUUUGAAUUCUUGUCACUAAUGGAGCAAUUUUAUUAAACACGUGAAAUUAUUAUGGUUAAUAAGUACAAUACAUAACAUCAAAUUUUUAUGGUAAAUACAAUUAAUAAUUUAGUUUGGAAGACUGAAAAAAUGUAAAAGAUGUGAUAAAAUACUUACAUGAAAAUAAUAAAUGAACUGGUUAGAAUUAGUAAAAAAAUGAAAAUGUGUAAAAAUCCACUUAAAAAGAGAAAUAUUAUUUUGUACUUCAUUUUUAAUAGAAUUGAUUAAUUAAACUUGUAUGAUAUAUAAUAUAGAGAAGUGUCAAUGAAUAUAAAUAAUUUCAUUGAUUAACAUUUCAUUGCUUUGUUUGUGCGUGUUUAAUUAGCUACGAGUGGGGAAGAAAAUAAGUCGGAGAAUGUAACAGAUUCAUGGUUUAAUCUUUUAGCUAUGCGUGAAGAUAAAAAUGAUUUGGAUAAUAUAGAAGAUUAAUGGUUUGAUAAAUUUUCAUGCGUGGACAUUGGCAAGCCGAUACAAAUAUUGCAUUAAUUGUAUUUAAUUUUUAGAGAUUUUUUUAAUUGCCGAGUAAGUUGGAUUAAUUUAAGAAAUCUUUAUUAUUAAAAGAGGAAAAGAUAGAAUACUUAAAUAUAUGUUCAUUAAUUAUCUCAAUGACAUUCUAAUGUAAACAAAUUGAAAAAUUAAGAGGUAUUUUAUUUUUGUACUCAUGUUUUAAUAGAUUAGAUUGGGAAUUAGUGGAUUGAUCUUAGCUAUUUAUAUAUUAUUUAAUGUACAUUAAAAUUCUCGAUUCGAAAUACUUAUCCCUAAUAAUAAUGUUUUGCUGCAACGGAGAACGUCUAUCUGAUUUACAGGUUGUACGAAGAAUAUGAAUUCCAAGUUUGGGCUAUGGAUCCCGCUAUAUUUUGGGUAUUUUACUUUAUGAAAAUUGAUUCAAUAUAAAUCAGUGCAGUGAGGGGGUAUUGAGACUCUUUUUUAUUUCUUCGGGUCUUGUGUGUUGGGCCUAAACUACGUUAAUUGAAUUGAAUUUUUUUUUUGUGUAUUUAAAUUCUUUCAUUUGUUUCACUAUAACCGCCGUCCAUAAAUGUCAUCAUCGUUAUUAAACAAGUAUAGAUCUUUCGGCCCAACCAGAGAUUGAAUUUUGUUUACUCUUCUAUGAAAGUGCACAUGUACGUACGAUUAGUACUAUCCAUUAUCCAACGAAACAUCUCCUCUCAUGCCCCUAUAUCUCAUUCUUUAAUUUUUCUAGGACACAUUUUUUAUUUUAACUUUAUAUGUCAAAUGAAAAAUCAUAAAAUUAAACUGGAAACGUGAAUAUUUUUUAUUUCAUUUAUAGAAUUUGAUAAAAAUAUUUCAAAAAUCAAAAAACUUUUUUCUCAUAUUUUUGCGAAAAUCAUCAAAAUAAAAUUAAAAAUAUUUUUAAAAUAUUUUUUUUCCGAAUUUGAAAAUAUAGAACUUAAAUAUUUGCCUAAGGGGUUCACUAAUUCAUAAGGAAAUUUGGGUUUAGUUUUAAAAAGUGAAGGGAUUUGAUUUGGAAGUUUGGGUUUUGAUCAAAAAAAGAAUUAUGAAAAAAAAACAUAAGAGAUCAAAUGAGCCCAUAAGAGAUUAUCUCUAUAGAAAUAGGGGCAUGGGCAUGAGAGGAGUUGGCUCGAAAAUUUGACAAUACCUUUACAAAAAACUAGUGUUUUGAUUUUAUUUUUUCCAUUUCUUUCAUCGACCAACACCCGUACGUGUUUUUUGGAGAAAUUACUCGUGCGUGUUUAACCAGAAGAGAAACAAAAUGCUUGGAAAUGAAAGUUUAUUGUGACAAAAGGCACAAACUAUUACUUUAUGUCAGAAGUCAGAGAUACCUUAGCCACCGACAUCAAUCACCAAUUCAGGUCCCAUUUUGCUCACCUAAAAAGUCAGCAAAUGCAACAGUGAGAGACCGUUUUGUGUUCUUGGUCGUUGAGAAAAAUUAUGCCCCUAACUCUUAUACUUUCUCCAUUCCAAAAUAGAUGAUGUUUUAAAAAGUUUUUGAUGUUUCAAAAUAAAAAUUUUUUUAUAUUAAUCUUACUUUUUAUUGAAAACUAUAUGACCAAUAUAUUUUAUACUUGUUUUUAAAAAUUGAUUGAAUUAAUUUUAGUUUAUAUUUUUAGUAUUACUUUUUAGAAAAAAGUGUAUAUUUUAAUUUUUGUGCAAACAUCCAAAACAUCAAGUAAUAAAAAUAUUACACUAUCCAAAACAUCAAGUAAUAAAAAUAUUACACAUAGGUUGAGACCGAACUCGGCUACCUUAUUUUCAUUAUUUGACAUUGUUUUCAUUUUCGAAGACAAAGGCUAUAAAUUAUUCAUGAUAUUUCUUUAAAAUGGCGCAAUAUUUUAUAGUUUAUAAGCUAUAUGAUAUUAGACUAGACCAUAUAAAUUACAAUAUCUGCGAAGCAACUAUUGUCGGCAGCCCAUAACUUGUUUGCUUAAUUCACCUUUUUAUAUGUAUACCGUGUAACAGUGUGUGAUAGGUUGUGCACAGCGAGAUCAAACACGUCAUCUCUCGUAUUUUAAAAGCUCCCAAGUCAAAUAUACAUCACGAAAAAGAUAAAUAUUCGUUAUAUCAAUUAGUAUGACUUUGUAAAACGAUGAGACUUUUACUCAGUUCCAAGCUUUAACAUUAAAUUUAAUAUAUGAAAAGGAAAUCAUUAAAACGAGAAUAUUAUUUCGUCUAAUAAAUCAAUAAAGACAAAUCUUACCCAAAAAGGUUUGGGAUGUGGGGUUUAUGCUUUAGAAAUGAUACUCCCAUUAUAGACAGUAUAAAGAUAAUUAAGAUUGGCAUCACCUAUACAGAUUUCUUGUCGCUGAGAUUUUGUGAAGAGGACUGAAAGAAAGUGAUAAGCGGUGAUUUAGUAGUUAAAUAAUUUAUCUUGAAUUCGACUCUUCCAUAUAUAUGGGGGAAUAAUUUGGAUAUUAACGUAAGUUUCGCGUGUUUAAGCAAAGAUAUAUAAGCGUUUAUUUUGUCAAUGGUAUCACUUCUGACAUUUUAAACGUCAUUUCACUAGAUAUACACAUACAUCAAAAUGAUUUUAUGCACACUAUAAAUUUUUUUUUUUGUAAAAUGUUAAAAUAUUAUACCAAUUUUCAAAUUUGAGACAGAAGUUACAAAGACUACUAGUAGCGGAAUACUGAAUUAAACUAAACAACAACUAAACGGGAAGGAAACAGCCUAAAACCAAAGGCGAACAAAGCGGAGAAGGCAGCUAAGCAGCGAGACGGGCUUGGACCAAAGAGCCGAACCUAGUCGAGGCAGAGAACCGGGCACCGCGAGCUACCGGAGAGACAGGCGCCCUCAAACCUUGAAACAACGGCUCCUACAGCUUCCGAAAAGACUACCCAAACCUGAAACGCCCAGAGAAUCCAAACACGAAGCACACCCAAAACAUCCGACAGAUAAUACCUCCGACGGCACGAGAGAAGCACACUAUAAUUUUCGUGUGAUAGUUUUGCUUUUUUCAUCAUUCGACUUCUAACAAUUCUUCUUUUUUGGUAAACCGUAUACAUCGGGUUUAAUUGGUAACAACGGUGAUUUUUUUCUUUUUGUUAUAGAAAUGUUACUGUAUUUGUUUUUUUUUUGCUCUAGAUUUUUAAUUUUUAAAAGUCUUUAAAUUUGGACUCUAGAUAUUUGUCUUUGCAGUGCAGAACAAUUAUAAAGACAUAAGUUUAAAGAAGUAUUGUGGAUUUAAAAAAAGGCUGUGAAUUAAAAAAAUACAAAUAAAAAUUGGUGUAGAUUUAAGGAUGUGGAUAUAUUUGUGGCUGGGGUGAUCAUCUACAGCAAUAGCCAAUCACAUCCUCAUCUCUUGUGUGGUACUAGUUUUUAACACAUUGGAUGUGACUGAUAAUUUAUAGAGUAAAAAAGAGAAAUAUUUAAAGUAAAAAUGAGAGAAAAAUAUUCUUUGUCAGCAAAAAAAAUGAAAUGAAAAUAUUCUUU